AUGUCCAAAGAGGAGGCGACGUGUAAGUCUGGGUCCGGGAGCUAUAAGCAUAAGGAACGGAAGCCCAAAAAACCGCAUUACAUCCCACGACCGUGGGGCAAACCCUACAACUACAAAUGUUUUCAGUGUCCCUUCACCUGUAUGGAGAAAUCCCAUCUGUACAAUCACAUGAAGUACAGUCUGUGCAAAAACUCCCUGUCGCUGCUCAUCGAGUCCGACUGGCCGUAUAAGAAAGGCAACCUGCUCCACCCAGACCGUCAGCACCAUCUCCGCCUCCAGCAGGGGAGCGCCGGCUCCAGCAGCCCGACGGGAGAGCGCUCAGAGCAGGCCGCGGAGGAGCCCGUCCGGCCCGACCAAAACCCGGAGAUCCAGAUCAGCGAGGAGGGAGAGGACGGGGAGGGAGGGGCCGCUCAGAGCGACGCGGCGGAUGAUGAAGCCGCAGCCAAUGAGGUGCCGGGACCCGAGAGGGCGUGUCCGAGGGCGGCGAGGAGCCAGGCGAAGCAGGAGGCUGAUCUGGUGAUGGCCGACGCCUUCUCGCUGGAAGAGCAGCUGCUGCGAGCACGCUCAGUAGAGAUGGAGGCAAAGCUGCGUCGUUAUAAGCUGUCGAAGACCGCACUGCUCUCUGAACACUCGUUACCCUGUUACCCUCCGCCGGGUCCGCCCGACCCUCCCGAAACAAAUCCCCUUAAUCUGUCUUUGCUGGGCGUGGGCUACCCUCUCGCACCUGGCCUCUUCUCAUACCUGAACCCUGCUCUUAACCCCACACACACACCUGUCGGCUCUCUCCCCUUCCUCACCUCGGCCACCGCGGCUCAGCUCACGCACACGCACGCCGACCGAGCCGUCGUCCCCCCGCGGCUCUAUUACCCCUUCCUGUGUGAACACGCGUUUGGAACUUCUGCCGAAACCGCGGCCAAAGCCGUCAAACCUCCAUCUGUCAAUCAAGACUCGGCCGCAUCCCCAUACGCGCACACACUAAGCUUGUGGAGAGUUCCUCCGCUGAGACACAACUCCGGACAGGCCUCCCUCGCCACCUGGGUCUCCACCACUCACCCCUCCCCAGAGCCGGCGUACCGUGCCGAGGAGGCCAGCCAGACGGGCCCCCCAGGACGGGAAGCGGGUGUUAAGAGAUGGACAGAGACGUCUGAGGGCCCUGCAGGGAAGAGAGCAGCUCUUGGAUUCUCUCUUGACUUCCUUAAAAACAUCCACACAAUCGCACCCUCUGGGCGGCCCAUCAGUGACUCCUCUUCGCUGUCAAACUCCAGCACACAGAGGACAAGGGAGCAGACAGAGGAGAGAGAAAAGGAUGCAGCGGGUUUCCUCUUACAGGACCUGACCACAGCCAUACACGAGUACCAGAGCGCAGAGAGGCAGGCGGCCACACUGAGAGAGAAAGAACGGCUGUCCGACCAGCACCACCUCUGGGCUCACCUGGGAAAAAUCCGCUCCGAGCUCUCCCAAAUCCAGCAGGCGCUGCUGAAGACUACUCGCCACACGGAAGGACCCCUCGACCUGUCCUUCAAAAAGGACACCGCGGCGGCCGCGACAAAACCAGGGGACGGAACUGAGCAAGGCAUUGUGGGAGAGACCAAAGAGGCAAAAGAUUAUGUGAACUCAGAAAUGGAGGAGGAGGAGGAAGAAGAGGAAGAAGAAACAGGUGACGAGAGAGAGGUCGAGAAUGAAGGGAUAGACAUGAAAGAGAGACGGAAGCGUUCCCUGGACGCUUUGAUUAAGUUAAGCCACGCAAGUGUGCCCAUGGUGAAGUCUGAGGUGUUGUCCGCCCAGUGGCUUGGAAGAACCACAAAGUGUGAGGCCGAUUCUAGUGUUCUGUUGGGCCCGGACGCUCGCACUGUUGUGUUUAAUGCCAAAACUCCAAAUCGCCCCCCCUCCAUCCCCUUAGCAAGCCUGACAGAACACCUCCAACCCCCCAGCCCUCUCACCAGCACUGACGCUUAA